AAGAACUUUUUGGGAUUAUACAGCUACUAUAUUGGUGCGUACGUCACUGAUGACAGACACGAGGUGCGGCUAGUGGUCAGCGAAAGUGGCCUGUAGGCCUGUCUUGUACAAAUUUCUGUGCCUGCAGUGUAUCGAUUCACUGAGUGCCCGCUUAGUAUAGGUUAAGGUUGUGCAAGUGCCCAUUAUGUAUAGGUUAAGGUUGUGCAAGUGCCCGCUGUGUAUAGGUUAAGGUUGUGACGAGUGCCCAUUAUGUAUAGGUUAAGGUUGUGACGAGUGCCCAUUAUGUAUAGGUUAAGGUUGUGACGAGUGCCCAUUAUGUAUAGGUUAAGGUUGUGACAAGUGCCCGCUGUGUAUAGGUUAAGGUUGUGCAAGUGCCCGCUUUGUAUAGGUUAAGGUUGUGACGAGUGCCCGCUUCGCAUAGGUUAAGUUCGUGACGAGUGCCCGCUGUGCAUAGGUUAAGGUUGUGACGAGUGCCCGCUUUGUAUAGGUUAAGGUUGUGACGAGUGCCCGCUUUGCAUAGGUUAAGGUUGUGACGAGUGCCCGCUUUGCAUAGGUUAAGGUUGUGACGAGUGCCCGCUGUGUAUAGGUUUAGGUCGUUACGAGAGCCCGCUUUGUAUAGGUUUAGGUCGUUACGAGAGCCCGCUUUGUAUAGGUUUAGGUCGUUACGAGAGCCCGCUUUGUAUAGGUUUAGGUCGUUACGAGAGCCCGCUUUGUAUAGGUUUAGGUCGUUACGAGAGCCCGCUUUGUAUAGGUUUAGGUCGUAUAGAGAGCCCGCUUUGUAUAGGUUAAGUUCUUGACGAGUGCCCGCUUUGUAUAGGUUUAUGUUUUAAUGAGUACCCACAUUGUCUAUCGCCUCUGAGGACAGGAAUAUCGUCUGCCUCACAGAUAGUAUCAGUCAGGGACGUGCUUUUAUCGCUUUUAAGGACCGGAAUAUCGUCUGCUUCACCGACGGUAUCAAUCAGAGACGUGCUGUUAUCACUGACAUGCCGGCAUAUCACCUGCUCUAUUGCCCUUAGCCGUUUGAUUACAACUUGUACGGUAUCUGAUACAGUAAGCCAUAUAACGCCUAAGGAGAAACAAUUGAACCAGUCAUUUUCCUCUGCCUUUUCACAUCGCUUCACAGGGAUAUGUCUUCGCGACGCUUUCCCCUAUACUUUUUUUAAAAUUUUUCAUUGUAGAGAAUUGGUUCGUAUAUCGAGAAGUGAUUAGGUUGUGAAAUAAACAAAAUGGAGGAAUAAAAAAGAGAAUGUAGUAAUUGGAGAAGAAAAAGUAAAAAAAAGUAAUUACUGAACUACGUGCUUUGCUUCAUUUUUCCUCCCAUUUGACAUAUGACAUGUGUCACUUAACUAUCAAAUCAAAGAGCCGAACGGGUUUAGAUGGAAGUGUUGCUAUUCGUCUUUUUAUUCGAGGGUUAAGACCCUUUUUUUCCACCUCCCCCUCCCUUCCCUCUGUUUGCUCCUCAUGCACGUUUCGCGCGCAUCGCUUGUGUUUAUCUUAGAAGAAAGACAGAAAAAAACUCUCUUGGUUUAUCAUAUUAUAUCCUCAUUACAGACAUUGACACAUGAUGUCACAUAUAAGACUUUUUCGUUUUAUAACAAUUAUUUACAUUGACAAACAAACAUUUCGCCAGCCUUUUGUUACGCUUUCCUUUUCCGGUGAAAAUUUAUCGGCUUAAAUGUUUUUUCUAUUGUGUUCCAGAUUUUGUUUUCGCCGUUUGAUAGAACUCUGAUGUAGAUUCUUUUCAAACAAAAAUGAGCAGUAAGCUCUUUGUACGCCAUUCCGUCUUUCGCCCAUUCAUUUUAAGUUGUUUAGUCUCGUCCCCUUACCCGUUACUAGAUUGAAAACGUUCGCACUUCAAUUAACCACAAAAUUACUAGUACAAUUUCCUUUGCCGGAUUUUCGUCAAUGACACACAACUAAUUUCAUUUCUACCUUCUAUCCAUACAAAUGGCGCAAUUUAUCUUGUCAACGGCACUUUCCGCUAUCAUAAAACUUUGGUCUCGACUAUUGUGACGAUUGUGGUUCCCUGUUCACCAGAUCGCUUAAGACUUUUAUUCCUUAGGACAAAAACAUUUCCUUUAUUAAGGGAAGCAUCGUUUAUUUUUUGUAUUGCUCUUUUUGUGUUGUUGACUCUUUAGAGCGGAAGUACGAGUAUAAAUACACGGAAACUCAAUCAAAACACUCAAAAAUAAGCGUGCUAGACGUGGGAAUCCAAUCGCGUUACCGAACACACUAUCGCUUCACCGCUGAAAUUUGAAUUUCUUAAGAUGCUAAUGAAGUGUGAUCUUCGCUUGUCUUAGCAACUCGCCGUGAAGUAAUUUUCCAUGUGCAAAUCCCGGAGAUCAAAUCUAGGAAUCUUCCAUCAUUAGGCUGACAGCUUUGAUUUAAAGUGCGAGUGUUGUAUGGCUUAUUAUUCGCCGCAGCUGAGGAACGGUGGUAGCACGAGUAGGCGGUUCUCGAGCGAAUGCGACACACUUAGGAGAGCGCGUAUCUUGGACUGUGCUGAGAAAACUGUCAAACGACAUAGCGCCCACAUGAGAUCUCCUCGGCAAAAGCCCGUCGAUGGCGACAGUUCCACAGUACCAACACAGGAUCCCUCUUACACAGGAAUCCCAAGCGUUCGGCUGCGUUCUAAGCGAAGUCAUUCGUUAAUGGUGGGGAGCAUGCAGGCGCCGGUAUUACCGCACCGCUCAAACCGAACUUUCAGUCUCCCUUGCUCCUCGCGACCAAUCAUAUUUUCUCUAGGCAAUGUACAUACAAGAACGCAUGGAAUGGACGAGGACUAUGUGGAAUGUGAGGAGGAAUACUUGAGCCUUGACGAAAGCAUGGGAUGGUAUACUCCGAUCGCUGGCCUCUCCUGUAGCUUUGCACUAUUCGUGUGGUCUUGUCUACUGUCGCACUAUUACAGGGGAUAGCCAUUGCAUUUGUUCCGAGUCUGAAGUCACUCUGAUCAAUACAACCAACAUUGUUUUGGGGGCGUACUGUGAUGUUGUCAAAUGAACUUCAAGAAUGCAGAUUUACAACUGAAAACAAUUGAGCCUACAAGGAAAUGCUAUCAGUGACGAGAUGAAUAGAGACAAAGGUCACUUUUUUAGAAAGGGUUAUUUUUAUGGAUAAUAAAAAUAUUUUUAUUUACAAAA